CAGCGUCGAACAAACAAAGAGUUCGUAAAAAAGUUAAUUUUUUCAAAUUUUGGGAUUAAACAAAUUUAAGUGUGAAAUCGUUAAAAUGAAGGUAUUCUCAUGCGUUAUGGCUCUUGCUUUGGCUACCUCAGCCCAAGCUGGUCUUCUGCCUCAUCACGGUGAUGCCCAUCAUGGUUUGGUUCAUCACGCAGCCGACUUUCAUCAUGCUGAUAUUCAUCACAGCAAUGGUGUUCACAUUGGCCAUUCGGCUCGUCUCGUUGUCGAUGGUCACAAUGGUCUCGAACAUCACGGUGUUGAACACCAUCCAGUCUAUCAUCAUGCUGAUCAUCAUGCCGCCUUGGAAGUUGCUCACCACGAUGCUGGCCAUCAUGGUGUAGCUGCUGUUGAUGUCCACAAUGCCCCGGCUGCCAAGAUCAUUCAACAUGAACCCAUUCACAAAGUGGAACCAGUUCAUCAUGUCACCAAGGUGGUACAUCAUGAACCUCAUCAUUUCUUGCACUACACCAAACCAGCUGUCGAUCAUCAUGUGGUCCAUCAAAAUCAUCAUGUCGAUGAGCAUCAUCAUGCUGCCGAUUUGCAUCACACUGAAUUGCAUGCUGGAGAUGUUGCUCAUACUGGUGCCUUGGCUCAUCACGCUGAUUUGGUCCACCAUGAUGGUGUGUUGCGUCAUGCCGGUGUUGUCCACCACGCUGAUGCCUAUCACCAUGCUGCUGCUGUUGUCCAUCAUGCUGAUGUCCAUCACGCUGAUGCCCAUCAUCAUGCUGCUUUGGUUCAUCGUGCCGUCCCAGUGCACCACCAUAGCGCUGCUAUCGUCCACAAAGUCCAACCCGCUCACUGGCAUAGCAAAGUAAAAAUUACCGAAAAACAUUACUAAACGAUUUCAUCUCCCAUCCAAAAAACAUGAAAACUCAACCCAAUGCCACAAAUGGAAAAUCGAUGACACACGAUUUUCUAUUCGAAAUUUUUAAAAAUAAUUUAUUUCUACGAUCGAACUCAUUUUUUGUUUUUAACACUAUCAUAUCACAUAUUUUUUGUUAAUCCAUCCAUGAUAUACAUAUCACAUUGUUAUAUUAAUCCAUAAAAAAAAAAUA